GUCUUUGAUUUUAUUCAUCAAAGUUGUUGCUGUCAAAAGUGCAAUAAUCAUUGUGUGGACAUGCUCACUCGUCUUUCAUCUGGAACCACCUGGAAUCGGAUUGCCGUUCAAAGCCGACAAAUGUCAUUUGAACUGUCCGACACUCAAAAGGAAAUUCAGUCCCAUGCUAUAAAAUUUUCGAAGGACGUUCUUGUGCCAAAUGCUGCAAAAUUCGAUAAAAGUGGAGAGUUUCCAUGGGAAAUCGUGAAACAGGCUCACUCGCUGGGAUUCAUGAACACAAUUAUUCCGGAGAAGUACGGUGGACCAGGAUUAUCCAAUUUGGAUACCGCCCUGAUUGUGGAGGCCCUAUCAUAUGGAUGUUCUGGACUUCAAAUUGCUAUCUUUGGACCAUCGCUGGCAGCUGCUCCGAUCUGUUUGUCUGGAACAGAAGAACAAAAGAAAAAGUAUUUGGGAAUGUUGGCUGCUGAACCUAUCAUUGCUUCGUAUUGUGUUACGGAGCCUGGAGCUGGAUCUGAUGUGAAUGGAGUCAAGACGAAGGCUGUGAAACAAGGAGAUGAAUAUAUCAUCAAUGGAUCGAAGGCGUGGAUUACUGGUGGAGGACAUGCUAAAUGGUUCUUCGUUCUUGCAAGAACUGAUGACAAUCCAAAAACUCCAGCUGGAAAAGCCUUCACGGCAUUCAUUGUUGAUGGGGAUACUCCUGGAAUCACGAGAGGAAAGAAGGAAAAUAACAUGGGACAGAGAUGCUCUGAUACAAGAUCAAUCACUUUUGAAGAUGUACGUGUUCCAAAGGAGAACAUUCUUGGAGCUCCAGGAGCUGGAUUCAAAGUGGCAAUGGGUGCAUUUGAUUUGACACGUCCUCAAGUUGCUGCCAGUGCAGUUGGUCUGGCAUGGAGAUGUCUUGAUGAAUCAACAAAAUAUGCAAUGGAAAGACAUGCAUUUGGAACCCCAAUUGCCAAUCAUCAAGGAGUUCAAUUCAUGAUUGCGGAUAUGGCCAUCAACCUUGAAUUGUCUCGUUUGUUCACAUAUCGUGCCGCAGCUGAAGUUGACUCUUAUGGUGUCUCUUCUUACAAUGCAUCAAUUGCCAAAUGCUUUGCUGCCGAUACUGCAAAUGUAGCAGCUACCAAUGCUUGUCAGAUCUUCGGAGGUGCUGGAUUCAACUGCGAAUAUCCUGUGGAAAAACUGAUGCGUGAUGCAAAGAUCUAUCAAAUCUACGAGGGAACAUCUCAAAUUCAACGUAUGGUCAUUGGUCGCACACUGUUCCAGAACUUUGCAAAGAAUGGAACCAGCAAAAUGACAUAAUUAUUUCUUUCGUACUUUCUACCGUGUUCUCACUAAUAAAUGUAUUUGUGACC